AAUCUAACAACUAACAACUAUCAUUUACCGAUCAAAAAAUAAAAUAAAAUGGAUAGAUGCCAAGGUCUGCCACGUGAACGUGCACUCACCAUGCUUUUUUCUUUAUUUUUCUGUGGAGCAUGGUCGGUUGAAUUCCGGCAUCUUCUCUUUCUCAAUCUGCACCUAGUUCUCAGUAAGUUUAUUCUCUCAUGAAAGUGAAUUUUCUCACUUUAGACAACCUAGCUUGGUGGAGUUGAAUACCAAAUUCAGGAAGUUGCAACUAUUCAAGAGGAGUGCCAUACCAAAAUCUGAAACCUUGCAGAUAAGGAAAUUUGUAAGGAACUUUAUAUGAGGAAGGCCAUUCGAGGAGACUGAAAAGAAAAAUCUGAGGAACCUGCAACCUGAGGCAAUUCAGUCGGUCAUUUGCUUUUUUUUUGCACCGAUAAUGAGAGACAUAAGAUGAUUACAACUUCAAGGGAAGAAGAUCUUACAACAAAACAGGAAGGCAACACAGUUGAUGGGAAGAACAACUCUAAGGCUUCAUGUAGUUCAAAAACACCAUGGUCAAAGCUGAAUAAUCCACGAAUUGUGCGCGUCUCGCGAGCUUUUGGAGGAAAGGACAGGCACAGCAAAGUCUGCACUAUGAGAGGAUUGAGAGAUAGACGGGUAAGGCUUUCGGUCCCAACUGCCAUUCAAUUGUAUGAUCUUCAAGAAAGGCUAGGUCUUAAUCAGCCCAGCAAGGUGGUUGAUUGGUUGCUGAAUGAAGCUAAGCAUGAAAUUGAUGAACUCCCUCCCCUCCAAAUGCCACCAGGAAACUUCAAAUUUGGCCAAAAUCAUCAACCAAUGAUAACUAAUCAUGACAAAGAAGGCCUUAAGAUUGGUAACAAUAUCAAUUGGGACACUCCAUUGGGACUACAAGGGUCUAGUUUUUGGAAUUCGAAUGCUACCUUGAAUGAUAAAUCUAAGGAGGUUUCAACAGAAACACCGGUUGAGAAAGAAAAUUGGAAUCAAAGAAAUGAGGAAGAAAAGCAAGAUAAUCUUAAUGAAGCUAAUGGUGGAAAUGUUUCAUCUAAUAACUUUUUCCCCAGACCUACCUAUUCUUCCAUACCCGAUUUGCUUAACAAUUUUGCGCCAUACAAUUCUUUCUAUCGUUGGGAUCCUCCAAAAUUUUCUCUUUCUCAUAUACGAAGCCAUGGAUAUACAAGUACAACCCAAACAGAAGAUAUCCAGGACUUCAAUGUUGUGCCAUUUCCACCAUCAUUGUCUCUUCCAUCUGGGUCUCAAGUUCUUGUAUGUCCACCCGGGACAGCACAAUCCCAUUUUCCUUCAAACAUUGAGUUUGAUCCAAAACAAAUCAACCACUUUCAGACGUUGAGCUCAAGUUCACAAAAUCCCUUGUCAAAUUCUAUGGGCCAAUCCAUGAGACCCCUCCACUUGAGCAUGCUUAUCCAGUCUCGAGAUAGUAGUGGAAGCCAAUCAAAUAACAAUGACGAGUUUCCUCCAAAAUGAAUCGAUGUCCAAUUUUAUAAAUUGGAGACUUCUAUGAUAUUCUUGGGAGUGAACAACCUUUCUUUGGUGUAGUGAUCGGGUUGAUGUUUUUGUGUUUCAUUUCAUAAACUUUGCUCAAUCAGGCAUUUGGGAAAACAAAUGCAAGAGCUAUACAUUGCACUACAGAAUCUUGAAUGGCUUGAAUACUGGUAAGAUGAGACCAUAUUAUAUAUUUUUAUGUCAUUAUAUUUUGUUUUGAUACCCCAAAAAGAAAGCUAUUUGAAGUUGAACAGUAGAAAGUUCUGAAGUGUAACUAUUUUGUUUGACCCAUCUUAAA